UCCAUUGAUCGCUGAUUUCUUAGUGUUUACAAUUGUGUUGAGUGCUCAAUAUGAGCAGAAAAAGGAUAAAUCCCGAGUUCAUCAGUGCCCUUGAGAAUAAAAUAAGCAGAAUGCAGCAGUACAUGAACAAUUUAACUAAUUACGACGUAUCGUCGGACGAGGAGUACUCGAGUCCUGCGCUGCAGGAAGAAAACAAACAGGUUGUUGACAACCCGGACAGCGAUCUAGAAUCGAUCCUUGGAAGUAUUUACGGAGAUUUUGAUCUUUCGGACAUCGGUGAUUCCAAAUUAGAAUCGAUUAAGGGGGAACUUGCAUCAAAAGACCCAAUCGAAAGUGACAUUGAGAUCAAUCAAGUGUAUAAGGACAUCCUCGGCGAGGAUCCUUCCGUACCGAAAUGUCUGGAUUUGUCUAUCCAUCAGGUAAUCUUACCGAGGCUUAAGUUUUGUGUUGUGCAAAUUUCCAGUGUUUUAUUUGAAUCGACCGCCAAUUCUGCCACUUCCAGGUCUGCUAUUCUAAUAGCUCAACGCAGCAAUGAUCCCGCCAUUUCUUGA